AUGGGUUUGGGGAAGCAAUCGAUACGCGUCAAUGGCGCCGACUGCGGUGUCGAAGCACUUGUGCUCGGAGUCGUAACGUCCAUAGGCGGAUUCCUCUUCGGCUACGACACUGGCCAGAUAUCUGGCAUGCUCCUCUUCACGGACUUCAGGAAACGAUUCGCAACUGGCCCUGAAGAGAACGGGAUUCCAACAUGGAUUUCUAUCACUCAGUCCCUCAUGGUCUCACUCAUGAGCAUUGGCACACUGCUUGGUGCUCUGUCAGGAGCGUACACGGCCGAUUGGUGGGGUCGACGACGAAGCCUUAGUUUCGGAGUCUGUGUAUUCAUCAUCGGAAACAUCAUUCAAAUCACCGCGAUGAAUAGCUGGGUUCACAUGAUGAUGGGCAGGUUCGUCGCUGGUUUGGGCGUUGGUAACCUCUCUGUCGGCGUACCCAUGUUCCAAUCCGAGUGCUCGCCCAAGGAGAUCCGAGGUGCCGUCGUCGCAUCCUACCAGCUCAUGAUCACUUUGGGCAUCCUGAUUUCCAAUCUGAUCAACUUUGGUGUCCGAAACAUUCAAGAGUCAGACGCUUCAUGGCGCAUCGUUAUCGGUCUUGGCAUCGCGUUCGCCUGCCCUCUGGGACUUGGCAUUCUUGUGGUCCCUGAGUCUCCUCGUUGGCUGGCCGGCAGGCACGACUGGGAGGGCGCACGUUUGGCCAUGGCACGUCUUCGUGGAAUGAAGAACGACCCCAACAAUGAGCUUGUCGAGAACGAUCUUCAGGAAAUGUUCAAGGUCCUCGAAGAAGAGUCUAAGACCGGAACUGGAACGUGGGCCGAGUGCUUCACCGGGUCCUCCGGAAUACCCAAGACCGUAUACCGCACAUUUUUAGGAAUACUCAUCCACUUCCUGCAACAGUGGACUGGGGUAAACUACUUUUUCUACUAUGGAGCCACGAUUUUCGAAUCUGCCGGUAUCGAGGACCCAAUCAUGACACAGCUCAUUCUCGGAGCUGUAAAUGUGGCUCUCACCUUUUACGGCCUGUACGUUGUCGAAAAGUACGGAAGACGUUGGCCGUUGUUCAUCGGUGCCCUGUGGCAAGCUGCUUGGCUUGCGGUCUUCGCGUCUGUUGGUACAGCUAUGCCCCCCGACACCAGCCGCACCACUGGUAUCGUUAUGAUUGUAUCUGCGUGCAUGUUCAUUGCCUCUUUUGCAGGCACAUGGGGACCUAUGGCCUGGUGCGUUAUCGGAGAACUGUUCCCGCUGAGAACCAGAGCAAAGCAAGCAUCGCUAGCAACGGCUGGCAACUGGUUCGGCAACUUCCUCAUCUCAUUCCUCACGCCUCUCGCGGAUGACGGUAUCUCGUAUGCAUACGGCUUUGUCUUCGCUGGUUGCAACCUAGCAGCCGCUCUGCUGGUUUGGUUCUUCCUGUACGAGUCAAAGGGUCUUUCUCUCGAGAACGUCGACCGCAUGUACAGCGAUCCGAAUGUCAAGCCUUAUUCUUCGAGCAAGUGGGUACCUCCAGGUUACAUUACCCGCAAGCAGAAGGACGAGUCUGCUUUCCACCGCGCUUCUACAACCACAGAAGCAACCGCUGUCGGAGACGGCCAGCACAAGGAGAAGUCGGGCGACGAGCGGCCGUACUCUGAGCACCAUCACACGAAGACUGAGCCCACUUCGAACGCUGUCUAG